AUGCAGCUGCGCUGGAGCGGCCACCUGGUGCGCAUGGACGACGAGCGACUACCCAAACGACUCUUCUACGGAGACGUCGCGACGGGUUCUCGCCGUCAAGGAGGCCAGAUUCACCGUUACAAGGAUACCCUGAGGUCCUCCCUGAAAUGCCUACAAAUCAAUCCCACCAACUGGGAGGAGCUCGCACUCGAUCAACCGACAUGGAGGAGGAGAGUGAAGACUGGCGCUGCGAUCUACGAAGCUAACCGCAUCGCUGCCGCCAAAGCGAAACGAGAAGCCCGCAAAUCAAAACUUCGCCCAGUACGCAACGCCGCCGCACAACCGCUUCCAACGUGUCCUCGAUGUCAACGGACAUUCCGGGCUCGAAUCGGACUUGUUGGACAUCUUCGGAUAAAUUGCGCCUCUCGAACGGCGUCAACCGUCCCCCCCGCCUGCCUCUUCCUCCUCCUCUCCGCCGCCAACUAACCCUGACAAUUCUUCUGACCCACCACUUCCAUCAUCCUCCUCCUCCUCCUCCUCCUCGCCCACUGCCUCAACGGCGGUCGCUCAGGCGACUGUCCCGCGCACAGCAACCGACACUACCACCACCUCCCCCGACUCCAGGGAUGAGGAUCAGGACUACACCUGCCCUCACUGCUACCGUACCUUCACCUCACACAUCGGCCUGGUCGGUCACUUGCGAAUCCAUCGCACAGAGACUGGCGAACCAGUGCGUGAAGCAUCAACCUACACCCACCGCACUCGCCUCCACUGCCCACACUGCCCUCGCACCUUCAGGCAUCGCAUAGGCCUUUUCGGCCAUAUGCGCAUCCACGAGAGCGGCCUUGACCGCACUCCCGACACACCCACCACAUCCAACACAUCCACCGUGCACACCCCCACCCUCAUUCCAUCCGUCCGCGCCGCCGCCACCACCACCACCACCACCACCACCACCACCGCCUCCUUUGCAGCUGACACUGACACCGCCGACUUCUCAUCCCCACACUGUCCACGCACAUUCACCUCACGCAUCGGCCUGGUCGGUCACUUGCGAAUCCAUCGCACAGAGACUGGCGAACCAGUGCCUGGAGCACCCACCUAUACCCACCAAGCUCGUCUUAACUGCCCACACUGUCCUCGCACUUUCAGGCAUCGCAUGGGCCUAUCGGCCACAUGCGCAUCCACGACGACCUGCGGUAGACAACCGCCGGCCACACCACACAUUUCCUCACUCCCUACCUCCUCCACCACCACCAUCACCCCACCAGAUAUCAACACUCAUACACCUCAUGCACCCAACUGCCACAUCCCACGCAUGUGGGAAGUCCGCAUCUCGACUCGGUCCCCAUGCGGCUUCAGCUGCACGGGUGACUUGAGUCCGAGACUAUCCCGACACGUCAAGCGUCGUGGAUAG